UUGUUUCAUCCGAUCGAUCUCAUGGCCUAGAACCACGUAUAAAUCUUCGCCUCAUCCAUUAUCCUUUCCCGGCAUCGCCCUAAUAUUUCAUUCUUUAUACAUAUUCCGACGAUCGAUGAUACUGCGGGCAGUGCCAUGGAUCUCAUUGCUCGUUCCUCGGUCAGCUCAACUACCGAGCGCCCAGCGUCCUAUAAAGCCAUAGGGAUUUCUUUGGCUGUCGCCUCAGGUCUCUUUAUCGGGGUCUCUUUCGUGCUGAAGAAAGUUGGUCUCCUUAGGGCAAAUGUGAAGUACAAUGAGGAAGCAGGCGAGGGGUACGGCUAUCUCAAGAACUUGUGGUGGUGGGCGGGAAUGACAUUGAUGAUUAUUGGCGAGAUCUGUAACUUUGUGGCCUACGCCUUUGUUGACGCCAUCUUGGUGACGCCCCUCGGUGCACUUUCCGUUGUUAUCACGACCGUUUUGUCAGCGAUCUUCCUCAAGGAAAGGUUGAGUUUUGUGGGUAAGGUUGGGUGUUUCACCUGUAUUCUGGGGUCUGUGGUCAUUGCGCUCAAUGCGCCACAGCAGUCGUCUGUUGCAGAUAUCCAGGAAAUGAAGGAAUAUGUAAUUGCGCCUGGGUUUUUGUCGUAUGGCGGCGUUGUCAUCCUUGGUUCCGCCAUCACAGCGUUGUAUGCAGGGCCGCGGUGGGGGAAAAAGAGCAUGUUUGUCUACAUCAGCAUUUGCAGCUUGGUCGGAGGAUUAAGUGUGGUGGCUACCCAAGGCCUGGGAGCAGCUAUAAUAGCUCAGAUUAACGGCGAGGCCCAGUUUAAUCAAUGGUUCUUGUAUGUGUUGCUGGUGUUUGUGAUUGCAACCUUGUUGACCGAGAUUAUCUAUCUGAAUAAAGCAUUAAAUCUCUUCAAUGCCGCACUCGUCACCCCAACCUACUACGUCUUGUUUACGAGCGCCACUAUCGUUACCUCGGCCAUUCUGUUCCGCGGCUUCAAGGGUACUGCUAUGGAAAUUACUACAGUCAUCUUGGGCUUUCUGCAGAUCUGUUCGGGCGUUGUGUUGCUACAGCUCUCUAAGUCUGCAAAAGACGUUCCGGAUGCCGCUAUCUUCAAGGGAGAUCUUGACCAGAUUCGUGAGGUUGCCACGCAGGAGGAACCCGAGUCGGAACCAAAGGCCGAUGCCAUUCGUGGCGCAGCUGCGAUUAUCCGCCGCUUAUCCACUCCACGCCGUAAUCUUGAGGCUGAAGAAGCGCGUCGCUAUUUCCGAGAUCGAUAUGAGGAUAACCUCAAGCCACCUGCUGAAAACGAAAUCAUCGAAUGGGACGGCUUGCGCCGGCGCAAGACCGUUAUUGGUGAGGGACCAACUACGGGGCGAUCACGUACGCCCUCCGUUAAGAGCCCUCUUCCUCCCUUGGGAAUGUCUCGGUUCCCCGAAGAUUGGUCGGAUAGGCCCGAGGCAAAUCAGGGUGGGCAUUCAUUGAUGACUGGGGUGCGAUCACAGGUAUCCGCUUUAGUUCAUUCACCAUGGACACCAAUCCAUGACGAUCAUGACACAGCUCCGCAGUCGAUGUCACUUGAAACUAUACACUCGAAUCGCAAAACUGUCGAUACCAGUUAUCAGGGGGCAACUCUCCAACCUGGCCCAGGCGAUCAAACAUCCCGCAAUGUUUCUUGGGCGGAUGAAGACCAAUCCGGGCUCGACCCCCCAGAACCUCCGCUCCAUGGUGCUCGACGCCAAUUCUCCUUCCACACAAUCUUCAACCGUUCCAAGUCACCUAGUCAGCUGUCAGCUCCUCGUAGUCCCCGUGCUGCUCAUGGAAUUCUGCGACGAAGCCACGGCCCUAACAAUACUACAGAAGAGGAGCGACUUGGGCUUGUACAUGGAGACACAGCGACGGAAUACGUGAACGAGAAAAUGGAGCGGAUUAACUCGCAGGACAGUGAAGAAGACGAGGAUUACCGAUCCGACCAUCUGCCAUCCGGACGUGGCCUGUAUUCGGGUGAACCAAUGUACUCUUCGCGGCUCCGAGUGAACCCCCUGCCGCCAUUACCGGAUGAGACGUCCUUGGAUGAUUCCCGCAACGACGACCACCCCCUAAGUCGCGGAUCGGACAGCAGCUCCGAGGCGCCUUUGUCGGUGCUCCGAAGAGAGAGUGGGUGGCGACGACACCAGUCCAGUGGCAGUGGGGAGAGCGCGCGGGGGCAGCGACAGGCAUUUCUCUAGCACAGUGAUGCAACAGGAUAUGAAAUGACAAUGAUAAUGUAUGUAUGUAUAUAAUGUGACAUGAGGAUAUCAUAAAAUUAAUCUUAACGACAUAAGCAUGAGAAUAUGC